AUGAGGACCGCAGCAUUGCUUAAAAACUGUCUGGUAGUAGCUUUGUUUGGCUGCGCCAUCGCCGAACCACCAAGCGGUUACAGUUACAACCGACCAUCUGGCGGAUUUGGAGGAGGAUUUAGCGGAGGCUUCAGCGGAGGUUUCGGAGGAUUAUCUGGAGGCGGUGCUUACCACCAAGUCGCUCCAGGACCACAAACCAGCGAAGGUCUAAAUGUUGAUUAUGCUCUUUUGGAACAAGUCAAACAAGUUCUUUUGAGAGACGAAGCUUCCUCCGGCGGUGGACACUCUCACGGUGGAUUAUCUUCCUCCUAUGGCGUUCCAUCAUCCAGCUACGGUGUACCAUCUUACUCCUCUGGACGUGUUGUAGGCUUAGAUCUCGAAGGAGUCCAACAAGCCAUCCAAGUAGCUCAAUACAGCCAACAGUCCUAUGCUUCGGGCGGUGGUUAUCCAUCAUCCUCAUACGGAGCACCAAGAGCUCCAUCCGGUUCCUACGGAGCUCCUUACUAA